AUGUCAGUGAUUAGACAAAAAUAUUGGGUGAUUCACUGUCGCAGUACGAUCAAAAGGGUCAUACAUAGCUGCUUACCAUGUGUACGUUCCCACAAAGAACUAUGUCAACAAGUGAUGGCUGAUCUCCCUGCUGCCCGUGUCACCAUGGCUCCUGUCUUCGCACGAGUUGGAGUUGAUUUUGCUGGGCCAAUAACAACCAAACCUGUUGGGAUCCGUACACGCAUAGUAACAAAAUCAUACCUGGCACUGUUUGUGUGUAUGACUACAAAAUCAAUAGACUUGGAAGUGGUAAGUGAUCUCACCACUGAAGGGUUUAUAGCAACUCUAAAACGUUUUGUUAGUCGUCGUGGAUGUCCAUCUGAUAUAUAUUCUGAUAACGGCACAAACUUUGUGGGAGCCAACAACAAAUUAAAAUCUUUAUAUCACUGUCUCUCCCAGAGUGAAUUUCAAAAAUCAAUAAACACACAUUGUGUUUCUGUUAACAUUAAGUGGCAUUUUAAUCCACCAGCAUCGCCACAUCAUGGUGGUUUAUGGGAAGCAAACAUAAAGAGCGCAAAGAUAAUUCUAUACAAAAAUAUGGGGAACGAUGUGCUGUCAAAUCGAGGCUAUCUUAAACAGUAG